CACUCGGCGGCUGGCGGGCGCACAGCUGCAGCUGGAGCUCGGGCGCCCGGAGUUAGAGUUGCCUGGAGUUUCCCCCCGACCCCUCCCUCUUCGCGCGCGGCAGCGGGAGCCCGCGCGGGAGCCGCGAGCGGCGGCGAGCCAGCACCCGGGUCGGCUGAGCCUUGUUCGGAGCCCGGAGCUCCGCGCGGGGCAGCCCCCGGGGAGGAGCCUCAUCGGCUGGGACGCGUGCCGCGCACUGGCACGGCCGGGACACGAGCCAGGCUGCACGAAAAUUCACUGCAUCCCCUCCUCACUUGUCCUACGAUGAGUGCCAAAUCUGCCAUCAGCAAGGAAAUUUUUGCACCUCUGGAUGAAAGAAUGCUGGGAGCUGUCCAAGUCAAGAGGAGGACAAAGAAAAAGAUUCCUUUCUUGGCAACUGGGGGUCAAGGCGAAUACUUAACUUAUAUCUGCCUGUCAGUGACAAACAAGAAACCCACGCAGGCGUCCAUCACGAAGGUCAAGCAGUUCGAAGGCUCCACGUCGUUUGUUCGGAGAUCACAGUGGAUGCUCGAGCAGCUUCGCCAGGUUAAUGGUAUCGAUCCUAAUAGGGAUUCUGCAGAGUUUGAUUUGUUGUUUGAAAAUGCUUUUGACCAGUGGGUAGCCAGCACAGCCUCAGAGAAAUGCACCUUCUUCCAGAUCCUCCACCACACCUGCCAGAGAUACCUCACAGACAGGAAGCCGGAGUUUAUUAACUGCCAAUCCAAAAUUAUGGGAGGAAACAGCAUCCUCCAUUCAGCUGCCGACAGUGUGACCAGCGCUGUACAGAAGGCAAGCCAGGCCUUGAAUGAGCGCGGGGAGCGGUUAGGCCGAGCAGAGGAGAAGACAGAAGAACUGAAGAACAGCGCCCAGCAGUUUGCAGAAACUGCACACAAGCUUGCCAUGAAGCACAAAUGUUAAGAAACUGCCUAUCCUGGUGACCCCCUGAAGAGAGAUGGAAGAGUUUGUUCAGCAGUUUUUACAAGAAUUCCGGACCUCCGCUUGCUUCCUUUUGUUUUUUUCAAGAAUUGGAACCGGCCAAUUUUUUUGGUUUUUCAAAUGUUAAUAUGAAAGAGAAGGUGUUGUGUUUUUACAUUUCCCUACUGAUCCUGCUAAGAAGUGCUACAGUAGCAUCAGCUUC